GCGAAAUCCGAAUUAGUCGCAUGCGCGGAUCGCCAAAGGACAGGUGACAAAUGGCCGGAUUAACACUGCUUUUCGGCCUAAUCCUGGCCAGCUUCUGCGCGUGCUCCUCAAAUGCCGCCGAUACUGCCCAUAUACUGAGAUACGAUAAUGAAAUCUUGGACACCGAUGGCUAUGCCUUCUCAUUCGAGACAAGCGAUGGUAUCUCGCGUGAGGAGAGAGCCACACUGAAAAAUCCUGGCACUCCCGAGGAGGCAAUCGCCGUCCAGGGCAGCGUCAAUUGGGUGGGACCCGAUGGUGUCCACUAUAAGCUGAACUAUCUGGCCGAUGAGAACGGUUUUCAGGCUCAGGGCGAACAUCUUCCGCAGGUGGAGCACUGAUCACGUGAUAGGUUUGGACUUUGUUGAAAGAAAAAAAUAAUAAACACACGCAAAACCACCGAA